ACACGUGACGUUUUUUUCUCCUUUUUUUAUGGCUGUGUUCAUGUUUUUAGCGAAACCUUGUAGGACAUAGUCAUUCUUGCUCUUUUACUUACAAGCUUGAGAUAUUUUAAUCUGGACUUUAACAUUAAUCAAGAUUAAUCAUAAUCAACAUCAAUCAAUUUUUCAGAAGUUCAAAUAAAUUCCAACAUUUUGGUUCUGUGAUCAACAUGCCAACUAUGGAAUUCAGGAAAGUCAGUUUCAUGUGGACGAUUGUCUCCCUUCUUCAAGCCAAAGUAUGGCUAGAUGUCAGCAGAACCCUGAUGAGUAUCACCAUCGUCUGCGAGCUCUCCGUGAUAGUGAUGACAUCCAUGGCAUUCUUCCGGGAGCCUACUAAAAUUAUGGGAUGGAUUACAGCAGGCGUGGCAGGCUUUUCAGCUGUGGUUGGACUUGUAGGGUUGAGCGUGGUUGCUGGUAAAGGAAUCAGUUUGAUGCAUCUCUACCUUCCAAAAUUUAAAUUUAGUCUCGGCUGGUCAUUCAGCCUAUUCCUCAUCGGACAAUUCACGUUUCUCUUCGCCUCCGUCUGGCACUUUUUAGAUGCCAGAGACACGGUCAAAAAGUAGCUGAGAGGUGUUGUGUGCAUAAAAACGACAAGGUGACAUCAGUGGCGUAGCUAGGGUGGAGGGGAGGAGGGGGGUAAAAAUGUUCUUUUGCAUUAAAUAUUACAUAUUAGGUCUCUGUCAUGUAACCGUGCUUUCAUUUUUUUUUACAUUGGUUAGUGAGCCUGUUGCAUGUAUUCCACACAUAUGAGGGCUUAUUAUCAGGGAGUAAACUGAGUUACAUAUUAUUAAGUUGUAUAUUUAUAAAGUGUAUUUAUCUCAUGAUGUCGAAUAGUUAAAAUAACAGGGCCCCUAAAGAGGUAAAGCUCCCCGGGCCCCCUAUCCCUAGCAACGCCACUGGUAGAGAUCGUCUUGUUCAGCAUGGACAUAUAGGCGGUAGUAAAUGUGUACAUAUCUCCUCGCUAUAGUCUGGAUUGUGUCAGAGACGAUGGCUUUUAAUGUCGUGAAGACUAAUGACAGGUUAUAUUUGCAGUAACACAACUUCAUAUUACGACAAUGACAGGUAGUAUUACUACAAUGAAAGUUCAUAUACGACAAUGAAAGUAUAUUACGGCACUGACAGUCAUAAUAUUAUGACAAAUGUUACGACAAUCUUUUAGUUCAAGGUUUUUAGAGCGUCUCCUAACUUCAACAUUUGAAUCUAUUCACAUAUAUAUUCUAUACCAGUGGUUCCCAAAAUUUUUUUGUCUCGUAGACCCUUUGCCAUGUUUUCCAGUUUUCGGUAGACCCCCUUGAUUUUUUCUGAAAAUUCAUUAACUUCAAAAGUGUUUUUCUAACAGAUUCUAGGCCAUAGAAAUUCAAAAUAAAAUCUAAUAUACACACUAUAGGGAUUUACAAAGAAAAAAAAAUACACGUUGAUUGGUGGGCAGCUUUGAUAACAAAAAUGUCAAUAUUGGGCUUCAAUUUAGUUUUAGGUUUAAUAUUAUCUCUUCUGGAUUAGAGGAUGUUUGACUGAUUUAAAUUUGGAAAAUAAGAAAUUUCCUCCUCUCCAAUGUUUGUUUCAUUAAUUUAAUACUCACAAGAAACACAUUCCUCGUCCCAUAUGCUAGGACAAAUUUGUACAAAUACUCCUUCUUCCCUAGUGCUAUUAGAGCAUGGAAUGGGUUGCCUGAGCUAGCCAGGAAAACCAGUGACUCGGCAGAAUUUAAGUCAUUGGUUAAUAUGCAUGACUAAAUGCAUGACGCGUAGGACGUAAUCAUCUUCUUUUUUUGAAGUAACGUCUGUAUUAUAUAAGAAGAUAAGAAAAACACUGAGAUUAUGACUUCAUUCUGAGCAACGCUAGGUUAUCACCUUGUAGCUACAAGUUAACCUCAUGAAAAUUAUGAAACAAGUUGGUUAAAUAGACUAUGUCCGAUUCCCGUUUUAUUUUUUGUUCUUAAAUUGGAUCUUUAGCAACCAAGAGCUCAAGCAAAACAUUGUCACUCUGUUUAAGUCACACAUAAACCUUUCGAUAACUAUCUUACUCCAGCGUGAAGGAGCCAUUGAUCAAAAUGUAGUUCUUUAUGACAGUAUGUUAUCAGGCAAGGUUAGCUUGUCCAGCUUUUUUUAAAAGUAUGUCGUUUGCAAGUAAUUACAUAAGAACCUUUUAACUCAACCUAGGAAUUGUAUUAUUGUUUAGAGGAUUUUUUAUCAUGAUAUAAGAUAUAGGAAUGUGUAAAACAGUUUGCAAAACCUCUUCAAUGGCUGGCAAACCCAUUUUUUUUUUGCCUAUAGUGUUCAGUUUUUUGGAGUUUGAUAGAGUAAAGUAUUGUAAAAUGCUCACAAACCUCUUUUGUAAUGUUUAAUCAAACUUUUUUUCUACUCUGGGUCUUUUCUGAACUUAACAACUGUUCGAAAGUAUUUCAAAUCUCAAUCUAUUUUAUUAUGUUGGCGUUGCCUCAAAUGAUGUUCCAGAUUUAAUGGUUUCAUAGCGACAUAACUUUAAAUUUUAUUGCAUAAAAAGCACUAAUGUAGAUGCUUGUUUCACAAGGACGAAAUAAAGCCAUAUUUCUAAUUACCAACACUGGACUUUCUACAGUCAUUUUUAGACUCGGACAUGUACAAUAAUACUUUCAUGUAGAGAAAAUUAAGCUAAUUAAAAAAAGAUGUUAAAAUUGUAAAAUAAAACAAAAAAUAACAUUUGACUAACAGGGUUAAAAUUCAAAGGAUUAACUAAGGUGCAAAUCGUUAAUAGAAAAUUAAAAUAAAGUUUUAGGCAUGCUUAAAAGAGAUCCACUGUCGUAGGCCCCCCUUUACAGGUCAUAGACCCCCAAUUUAUUUUUUCACUUCCGUAGAUCCCUUGGAAGUCCUCGUAGACCCUUGAGGGGUCUAUAUAGACCACUUUGUGAAUCACUGUUGUAUACAUUUAAAUUAAAAUUUUGAACCACGGGCCACGUAUAGAAAACUUUCUGAAUCAUUAUUGAUCAUAUUGGUUUGAAAAUAUGCUGUAAAUAAUAACAUAAUAAAUAUGGACUUUAUUUAAGAUAAAAAGAACAAAUAUCUAA